UCCUGAUGCAGUGUGCAAUCUUGGUGCAAUCAGCAAUGCAGUGACGCAUAUAUUUUGGUAUUAUAAUUAUCAAUAUAAUUUAUUUGAAUAAUUAAGAUUGAGUGAUAAGUAAAAGUACAGUGCAAAGGACAUUUGAAGAUUCUUAGUUUUGGUGCUACUGCUUUGCCUAGGUGUUGAAAAUGUCAGCCAAGAUAAGCAAGAACAGUGCUGAGGAGGUGAUUCAGGGUUUCAACAAGCUCCGCAUUGAGCAGCGACAACUAGCCCAGAAGGUGGCAGAACUGGAACAGGAGCUCAAUGAACACAGAAUGGUGAUUGAGACGCUGACCGGCGUCGACCCGUCGCGGAAGUGUUUCCGAAUGAUUGGCGGCGUGCUGGUGGAGCGGACUGUCAGAGAGGUGCUGCCGGCGCUCACCACCAACCGAGACCAGCUGACGCAGCUGAUCGACCAGCUAAAGGAGCAGGUGCUGAAGAAGGCACAGGACAUCGCCGCCUACCAGGAGAAGCACCAGAUCCAGAUCCGCGGGCCCGGCGGCCAGGGCCCGCCGCCGGCCGGCGACGAGCGCCCGGCGGCGGCGCGAGCGGCCGGCGCGGCCGGCGCCACCGGCGGAGGCGUCCUCGUCUCCCAGGGCCAGUCGUAGGCUCCGGAGUCCGGGGGACGGGGAGGGAGGGACGAGCGCCGCGCGCACACCGAUGAUAAUUGUGUCUACCGUGUCAUUCACCCGCUUGUUCUCAUUAAUUUGCCUAAUACAGUUACUAGCAAAUA